AUGCCAAGGGCCUCACGACGAGGACGAGGUAGACAUCACAAUUCCACCCGGGCCACCGCAUCCAGGAGAGUCACGUCCAACUCGCCUUCAGCAUCGCAGUCUCGAACUUCAUCGGGCCACACCACUGCACACAACACGGUCAGCCAGCCGCCACUCAGACGAUCUGCCCGAAUCGCCGAAUUGCUCAACGGACAAUCAGACCGUCAAUUGGCCGAUACCGCAUCCUCAAUGGCUGACGUUGCGAGACCAAGGGCGCUUGGGGGAAGGUCCUAUCGCCCAGUCCAUCACCCUGGAAGUGCGCGCACUUCUGGAAAUUCAAGAUCAGGUCGACUUUCCCCUUCACCUGACGAAAUCCGGUACGCCAUGGACAUUGUAGUGCAACCGCCCCGCACCGCCCAAGUCGGACAAACCAUACCUGGCUCCAUUAUUGUCCGAUUACGAACCACCAAUGCUGACGCAGAUGACACUAUUGCAGACUCGACCAACUUUGUCGCAGUCGCCGCUCUGGUUCCUGUUUCCACUUCGUCAGACUCACCGGACCCUACCGCUCUCAAUACCCUGCUCUCAGGCCGAAUCUUCGACACUGUUCACCCUUUUAGCGACGACGAGGCCGAUGGCUUCAUCGCUUCAAUGGAUAUGGCCGAUCCAAACGGCGUGGGCUACAUGCGCUUCCCUGAGCUCAUCAUCCGUCAAGCGGGUACAUACCGCAUACGCAUCACCCUGAUCCGCAUCCGAAAUUCCGCUUCAGAUCCACCAGUCACGUCAGCCGGCAACGGCUUGGCGGUACAUGUGGUUGAUAGCAACCCUAUUGUUGUCAGUGGCGGGGGAUCAGCCACAAGUGCGGCUUCACACAACGGGGGUGACGACAUUGAUGAUGGUGGUUGGCUUGAAGUCCUACGCUCGAUUCAGGAUAGGCGCCGGUCACGGUAA